UUAAGUUAAUACGAUUUGUAUUUAUAAUAUAUCCAUUUAUAUCUUAAUUCAUUUGUUCAGUUCCCUAAUUUUUCCAUAAAUAUUCAACAUUCAAACAAAGAUAUAGUGAGUUUUGACCAAUUUAUUCCAUUUAGCAAAUCGUCCUCCUUGUGAAUUGUUCAGAAUUACGGAGGGAGUAAGUGAAAAAAACAAUUGAAUAGUGUCGGGUUAGGAAAUGUGUUUUAAUUUAUUGUUGGUGGACCAGAAAGCGAAUUGCAAUGAAUAGUUGACCUUCUUUCUCAGUCUAGGACUAACCAAUUCAGUCGUUUCUCACAAACAGCUGAUAAAUGACCUCGGUUGUGUCUGUUUAUAUCAUAGGCGUGUGUAUGCUUGUAUAUGUAUGAAAUCAACCACUGAUUGCUGACCUAACUAAUCAGCGCGAGAAAUGUGAUUGGUUAAAUAAUGGCUUAUUUUUCUAAGGAUUCAAGUGGACUAGGCAGAGUUAUGUGGCUAGGACAGGGUCGUCUCGUGUCGGUCUGCAAGUCAGUGUAUCUAUCCUUGUGAAUCAUGUCUGGUCGUGGUAAAGGUGGUAAGGGUUUGGGCAAAGGAGGAGCCAAGAGACAUCGCAAGGUGUUGCGUGACAACAUCCAGGGUAUCACAAAGCCUGCAAUCCGUCGUCUGGCUCGUCGAGGUGGUGUGAAACGCAUUUCAGGAUUGAUCUACGAGGAGACUCGUGGUGUUCUGAAAGUGUUUCUGGAGAACGUGAUCCGUGAUGCAGUCACCUACACAGAGCACGCUAAGAGGAAGACAGUGACAGCUAUGGACGUGGUGUACGCUUUGAAACGCCAAGGUCGUACUUUGUACGGUUUCGGUGGUUAAUUCACUAGCAUGUGAACAAUUGGCGACCUGCAACUGGUCCACACGAGAACGUAUCACGGUCCUAUUUAGGACCACCACAUUGUGAUUUGUCUUUGUGUUUUAACUGUAUGGUUAGCCUAUUUGUUUUGAACUUUCAACAAUGAGUGUUGUGUUACCAUAUGUAGUGUUUGGUAUUCAUAUUAGCGAAUGGACACUUGUACGGUGCUCAUUUUUGUAUCCAUAUCUUCUUGAGUUUAUAAUUUUGGGAGUGUAAUAUAAUGUAUUACUUC